AGCUGGGCCACUGGCAGGAGGGAGAGUGAAGAUGGCAGAGAACAGUGCCCUGCCCACCGGCUUUGGGGAGCUCGAGGUGCUGGCUGUGGGGAUGGUGCUGCUGGUGGAAGCUCUCUCCGGUCUCAGCCUCAAUACCCUGACCAUCUUCUCUUUCUGCAAGACCCCGGAGCUGCGGACUCCCUGCCACCUGCUGGUGCUGAGCUUGGCUCUUGCGGACAGUGGGAUCAGCCUGAAUGCCCUCAUUGCAGCCACAUCCAGCCUUCUCCGUGUCUCCCACAGGCGCUGGCCCUACGGCUCGGACGGCUGCCAGGCUCACGGCUUCCAGGGCUUUGUGACAGCGUUGGCCAGCAUCUGCAGCAGUGCAGCUAUCGCCUGGGGGCGCUAUCACCACUACUGCACCCGCAGCCAGCUGGCCUGGAACUCGGCCAUCUCUCUGGUGCUCUUCGUGUGGCUGUCUUCUACCUUCUGGGCAUCCUUGCCCCUCCUGGGUUGGGGCCACUAUGACUAUGAGCCACUGGGGACAUGCUGCACCCUGGACUACUCCAAAGGGGACAGAAACUUCACCAGCUUCCUCUUCACCAUGUCCUUCUUCAACUUCGCCAUGCCCCUCUUCAUCACGAUCACAUCCUACAGUCUCAUGGAGCAGAAACUGGGGAAGAGUGGUCAUCUCCAGGUGAACACCACUCUGCCAGCAAGGACGCUGCUGCUCGGCUGGGGCCCCUAUGCCAUCCUGUAUCUAUACGCAGUCAUCGCAGACGUGACUUCCAUCUCCCCCAAACUGCAGAUGGUGCCCGCCCUCAUUGCCAAAAUGGUGCCCACGAUCAAUGCCAUCAACUAUGCCCUGGGCAAUGAGAUGGUCUGCAGGGGGAUCUGGCAGUGCCUCUCACCGCAGAAGAGCAAGAAGGACCGAGCCAAGUGAGCCUACCAUCCUGGACUGAGCCCCAGGCCGGGAGGCUGCCCCAGGAGUCCUGCCCAGCAGCCUCAGCAGCCAAGCCCAGACACUCACCCACCUUCCCCAAUGGCCCCGUGGAGCCUGGCCCUAGGCUGGACACAAGGAUUCAGAAAGACACCAGGCUGCACAGAAAGAGCCAGAUGGACCUGAGUGUCGGUCAUAGCCCUCUACACUCGAGGUUAAGAGGCUUCAGGAAAGUCACUCCUUUUAAAAAGUAAUAAUAAAUUUAAGGGGGUACAUUGCAGUUUUGUUACAUGGAUAGAUUGCCUAGUAGUGAAGUCUGGGCUUUUAGUGUAACCAUCACCCUAAUAAUAUGCAUCGUAUCCAUUAA